AUGUCUCUCGACCUCGAGAAGCAGCUGUGUUUUUAUGGUGCUUACCAUCAUAAUCCGAUCAACAUCGCGAUACACAUGACAUGUGUUCCUAUGAUUCUUGCAGCCAGUCUACUCUUGGCAACAAACAGCCCAACAAUAAUCCCACUGCCAUCAUGGCUGACGAUUCCAAACCUACCCCUGAACCUGGGAACAAUUAGUGCCAUAUUAUACAGCGGUUUCUACAUCCUCCUGGAGCCCGUUGCAGGCACCAUCUUACUGCCGAUUAUAAUGGGUUGGACCGCAUACUCGAAUCAUCUGACAACAAUCUACGGCUCAAGUGUUAACACUAUUGGAAUUGCAGUGGAAAUCGUGGCUUGGGUUGCACAAUUCGUCGGCCAUGGCGCAUUUGAAGGUCGUGCGCCAGCUCUGUUGGACAACUUAACUCAGGCAUUGGUUCUCGCGCCAUUCUUUGUCUUCAUGGAAGUCCUAUUCAAGUUCGGAUACAGACCCGAAUUACAGAAGAGAGUAAAUGAUGCUGUGGAGAAGGAGAUCAAGAAGGUCAAGGCAGAGAAAGCUGCCAAAGCCGCUGUGAAGAAUGGCAAAGCCAACUGA